AUUUGCCAGAAAACAUUCUAUGUUAUUUAAACAUGAAUAAAGCUUCGAGUCUAUUUUGGCCAGCUUUAGUGACACCAAAAAAUGCGAUUGUCAAGCAAACAGAGCAACUGUCCCGCAGUCAAAAGCUUUUAACGGAGCUUGGCCUGGUUAAGCCAGGCUGCAAUGGCACCUACCAGAUCAUGCCCAUAGCGCAGCGUGCGGUGGACAAAUGCAUUAAUUUAGUGCAACGCAAUAUGCAAGAAGCGGGCGGCCAAAAGAUCAGCAUGCCUGUUCUAACGCCCACACAACUGUGGAAGAAGACUGGAAGAUUAGAAGGCGACAUUUCCGAGUUUUAUAUGGUGCGCGAUCGCAGCGGGAAACAAUUCCUGAUGAGUCCAACUCAUGAGGAAGCGGUGACAGCCAUGCUGGCCACAACAGCGCCCAUUUCCUAUCGCCAGCUGCCCUUGCGUCUAUAUCAGAUUGGGCCCAAGUUUCGGGAUGAGCUCAAGUCACGAUUUGGCCUAAUGCGAGCCAAGGAGUUUCUCAUGAAAGACAUGUACACAUUCGAUGUGACGAAGGAGGCUGCAGAGAAGACUUACGCGAGAAUUAGCAAUACCUACGCCCAGUUCUUUAGACAGCUAGAAGUGCCGUUUGUCACAGUUGAGGCUGCCACAGGCAUUAUGGGCGGUAGUUUAUCGCAUGAAUAUCAUUAUAUUUCACCAGUGGGCGAGGAUACGUUGCUCAAAUGCAACAACUGCGGCUAUGCGGGAAACGUUGAAGUCUUUGGCAACACUUCAGCCAACACAUGUCCCAGCUGUCAGGGAUCGCAAUUGAUUCCCGUGCGUGGCGUGGAGGUGGCGCACACCUUUCUGCUGGGCGACAAGUACUCAAAGCCGCUGGGUGCUACGUUCCUCAACACUUCUGGCAAACCAGAGACUCUCGUCAUGGGCUGCUAUGGCAUUGGCAUCACUCGUGUCAUUGCUGCCGCUCUAGAAGUGCUCUCGACGGAGCAGGAGUUACGUUGGCCCAAACUACUUGCACCCUACGAUGUCUGCCUGAUUGGGCCGAAGCAGGGCAGCAAGGAGCAAGUGCCGGCGGAGGGUGUAGAAAUCGAGUUACUGCAGCAGCUGACGCAAAUUUGUGGAGCUGAGGAGCUGCUGCAUGAUGAUCGCAAGGAGCUGACCAUUGGGAAGCGUUUGUUCGAUGCAAAACGCCUGGGACACCCACUGACGAUUGUAGUUGGCACCAAGGCUGUGCAGAAGGAGGAGCCCAAGCUGGAGUUGCACUUGAGCGGAGCUGAGAAACUAGAGCUGGAGUUGCCCGAAGUGCUUAGCCUGGUGACGGCGCAUGUGCGGCACAAGCAGCAGCUGCUUCAAGAGAGUGCUACAAAUGAACAGGAUAUAGCUCAAUUGCGUACGCAGGGGAGGACACUAUCCUAAGGUUUUCAAGUGAAUAACGUCACUUACGUCACUCACCAUUUAAAAAUUCGAUUGCAUUGUACCACUAAUACAAUAAAA